GAUCACGGAUCUCAGUUUGUGGGGACGGUGCCCCCUUGGACUCCAUUGCAUUGUUAAUUUUGGUUAGUAUAGAGCUGCAUAACUGCCUGUGCAGACUACAGUAUACGCUAAUGUAGGUAGGGCGCAGCCACGCGAAACCUAUACUUGUUUAUAAAUACGCUCCUCCUGUGAGUGAAAUAAAAGCGGCAACAAACUGCUCUUAUUUUAGUGGAGACCCUGUGGAAACCGCGCCAAGGACCACUGUAGGUCCGCUUUGAGAACCACUGCAUCCGCCUUCAAGUGUAUAGGGUAUAUAGGCAGAGGAGGUACUAUAUAGCCACUGAGAAAUGAACAGCUGUCCACAACAUCAUUUAUGAGUGGUCUGCUAUAUGGAGUAAUGUUUAAGGCGGAAUGCCACGUCCAGUGCUUGAACAAAAAGCAAUAUCAAGUCAGCGACUUGUAUUGAUCACCAAAUGACAGGAAAUUAUGUUGGCAACCUGAACUGCUUGAAGAUGCAUUAUUUCAAGGAUCAAGAAAUGGAUCAGGGUGGACUGAAGCAUAGCAGUAAUCGAGACGACAGCCUGACAUUCGGAGAGACAGGAGACCAAGUCGGAGGAGAGACAGGUGACGCAGUUGGUUCACUGCACCCUUCUACAAUGCACCUUCCUAACUGCGGAUCCCAGCCCCAGCCCAGAGAGGCCCCCAACAAACUGGGUGGUACCAAAACCCAGGGCGAGCUUGGAGGCCUCAUAGAGCCCUCCCACCAACGCGUCAUAGGUGAGGGUUUAAACAUGAAGGAGGGUAAAAUCAUCAGAAUGCAGAAACAACCACAACAACAACAACAACAACGGGAUACUGGUUCAUUCAACAUGGAGGACAAUUUAUCCUUCUUGGAGCAGAGCAUUUCCGACUUGGACUGUACAUCCACUUCUGUCAUCAGCACCUCGGACACCUCUGUCCUGGUCAACCUCCCUUUGCCUGACCUUUUCCCGCAGCACGUCAAGCAGGAGGUGGAUUUUUCUCUGGAUAAGGACUUGGGCACUUAUAGCGGGCACACUGGCCAUGGCUCGUGUGACUUGGAUAGCAACAACAGCCGCCUAAUUGAAGAGAGCGACAUUUGGCGUGACCUGGACCUUCCUGGCUCACUGCCAGACAUCAGCGAUUUUGAAUUGGAUACUGAGGUGGCACACUUGGAUAAUGUUCUGCAUGACAGCGGCAGUGGCACCGUCAGCAGCAUGCUAAAGGAAACCAAGUCUUUCAGUGGUAAUGGAGGAAACUGUACCAACAUGAACGGCACGGACCAGCAGCAGCACCCAGUACAUCAUCAUCACCAGCAGCAGCACCACCUUUUACACCACCAGCAGCAUCAGCUUCAUCAGCAGCAGCAGCAGCAGCCUCCACCGCUCCUCUCCAGUGUUAUGAUCAAGGAAGAGAAGGAUGCAGACGACUCUUUUGUCCAUAUUCGCACUCCUGGUGUGGUCAAACAGGAGAAGCAGGACGGUGCUAGCUACUGCCAGUCAUCCUGUCUCCAGAACAGCCUGAGCUCUCUCCAUGGUGGAGGACCAAUGUCCUCCUCUAUGGGUGUAGGUGGAGGGCCUGGCUACCACUACAGAGCUAACCCGUCCUCCGCUGUGGGUCUACCAGACCAGAAGCCUUUUGGCAUGUACUCAAACCUGUCUCCAUUGGGGGAAGGUUGGGUCAGGGGAAAUGGUUACGGGGAAUCUUCGGGGAUACAGCGGGGCAAUGAUGGGCUGCCUUCCGCCUCCGCCUUGACGACUUUCUCUGUCAGCUUCCCCAGCUCGUCAGCCAGGACGGGGGAGUCCAGCAGCUCUGUGGUGCCGGGCCAAACCAAGCCCAGCGGGCCGACCCACAAGAUCUGCUUGGUGUGCUCUGACGAGGCCUCAGGGUGCCACUACGGGGUUGUUACCUGUGGCAGCUGCAAGGUCUUCUUCAAGAGGGCCGUAGAAGGAUGGAGAGCACGACAAAACACAGAUGGACAGCACAACUACCUGUGUGCAGGGAGAAACGACUGCAUCAUUGAUAAGAUCCGCAGGAAGAACUGUCCGGCCUGCCGCUUCAGGAAAUGUCUUCAAGCCGGGAUGAACCUAGAAGCGAGGAAAAACAAGAAGCUGAUCAAGAUGAAAGUGCAGCAGUCCUCUGUGUCGUCGGAGCAGGGCGGCAGCAUGCCCCUUCCCGUCAUACCCAAGUCCAUGCCCCAACUGGUGCCCACCAUGCUGUCUCUGCUCAAGGCCAUCGAGCCGGAGAUCAUCUACUCGGGCUACGACAGCACACUGCCUGACACCUCCUCGCGACUCAUGACCACUCUCAACAGGCUGGGAGGGCAGCAGGUCAUCUCCGCAGUGAAGUGGGCCAAGUCACUGCCAGGCUUCCGUAACCUGCACCUGGAUGACCAGAUGACGUUGCUGCAGUGCUCCUGGCUCUUCCUGAUGUCCUUCAGUCUGGGUUGGAGGUCCUACGAGCAGUGUAACGGCAGCAUGCUCUGCUUCGCCCCCGACCUCGUCAUCAACGAAGAACGCAUGAAGCUGCCUUUCAUGACUGACCAGUGCGAGCAGAUGCUGAAGAUCUCUAAUGAGUUUGUCAGACUGCAGGUGUCCUACGAUGAGUACCUGUGCAUGAAGGUCCUGCUCCUGCUCAGCACAGUACCAAAAGAUGGUCUGAAGAGCCAGGCGGUUUUUGAUGAGAUCAGGAUGACGUACAUCAAGGAACUGGGAAAGGCCAUUGUGAAGAGAGAGGAGAACUCCAGCCAGAACUGGCAACGCUUCUACCAGCUAACCAAGCUACUGGACUCCAUGCAGGAGAUGGUGGAGGGUCUACUCCAGAUCUGCUUCUACACCUUCGUGAAUAAAACCCUCAGCGUGGAAUUCCCCGAGAUGCUUGCGGAGAUCAUCACCAACCAGAUACCAAAAUUCAAAGAUGGGAGCGUCAAGCCUCUGCUGUUUCAUCAGAAGUGACUGCCUUAAACUGUGAAACAAUGCCUUAAAUUCUGCCCUGCCCUUGAACCUCUCUGGGGCCCCACGAUUUCGCCCUCCGAGCCCUAAGCCCUAAGCCCUAAGCCUUUGCGCCCUCCUCCCAAACUUUCUGCCCUCCCAUCUGGCCCUCAGUCUCAUUUUAUUCCUCGAUAUUUUCCCUGCCCUGCCUCGUAGGAAUCACCCCUGCCAAAUCUGCCGGCUGCAGCCGUUUGACCUCAUCAAGGAGCACAAUACCUGCCUCCCAUUCAUCAUAAGCCUGGGCCCCAGCUUUUGGCCUCUAUCUAAGACAGACUAUCCCACCACCGACCUGUAGCCCUCCCUCAUGGCCAGCCAAGCAGAAUUUGGCCUCCAGAGGGGAUAUGUUGGCUCUGAAUGUCCCAGGGCAGGGUGACUCUUCUAAGUUGGGCGAUGCAUAAGUUUCCAUUUAGCCACAGCCUUCCUCAGUGGCGACAAGCCCCCCCCCCCACCCAUCCCCCUCCUCCGUCCAUGGCUCCGUCCUUGGAUAUAGUCUCCUGCCUCCAAUGCUUUACGCCUGAGCCUCAUCCCGACCUCACUGACAAGCCAGCACCUAGACCUACCUUUUCUUCUCACCUCGACACCCAACACACUCUCCAAGACACCGGAUUAGUAGCCUCCUCAAGCUUGGCCAAGAUCACGCCUACUGUCCUCCAUCUGCCCGUCCGAGCGCCACCGUACAGAAAAAUGUAAUGAGUGUUCACUUGUUCUGGUUCCCAGAGGACUCCUGCGGAUGGAGGAAAAAAAAAGGAAAGACGUAAUUCUUGAAAAUUAGAAACACUCACAGAUGAUAUUUUUUCCCCCCGCGGAACCGCAGACUUUUCAGAGGAUGAAUCACGUUUCAGCUGUGAAGCAGUUAUCUUUCCCGAAAUGAGAUGAAUCAGAUUUAUAUACCCAGCCAACGGAGGUAUAAACAAAAAAAAAAAAAAAAAAAAAAAAAAGCAAACAGCAAGAGGAAUAUUUUCCAUUGAUUUUAUGCAUACAUGCGUUUGUGAAAACAUACGCGCAGGACACACCCACACACACACACAUACACGCACACAGAUACUCACAAAGCAUACACAGAUACAAAUUCACUCACCAAAAUGUUUACACAGGAUUUAUCUGAGAAGGGAAAAACUUGUGCCUUUUUUAGCUUUUACGGCUCCUCAUAGCCAUUCUCUCGAAACUGUUGCAUAUUUUGCUUAGGAAUCUAACCUUGACACCCUUCCACAUAUUUUGUCUGUUCUGGUUUUUCUGCACUAGCGUUUUCUGUUCUCUUUCCAAGCCGCCAUGUUGGUGUUGUUAACGUGGGCAGCUCUCUGUGUUCAGAUCCCCACACGUGACGGUAAGAGAGCCAGCUCGCCUCGAUACCUCACAGGACAGGGUUCCUACACGGGUCUCGAGAUGCAUGGAAAAUUAAUUUGACCGCUUUGAGCUCUUUGAAAGUUUUCCUGGUGAAGUGUGGAACCAAGGUUAUUCCCAAAACAUGUCGCCAAGUUUUAUUUUGUAGCUCCACUGUCCUUUUUACAACAUUGUAAUAGCUGCUGUUUAGGAAUACAGUAAUCUUCAACUGUAGACUGAAUUGCUCCAUUAGAACACAUAUGAUAGUCAAAGUCGCUGAACACGCUGAACACUCAUCAAAAUCUUCAGUUCCAGCCCCAAACAGUCUGGACAGAGUGUUACAUUUUGUGUCGUACUAUCUUACGUGUAGGAACCCUGGCAUGAAAUAGCAUCCUAGUAAGCAUUUGCCAUUCACUCAGUUGCAGUCGCACAGAGGGGUUUUCAGGAUGAAGUUGCAUUUGGGAAAGUCAUUCACGGUGUCCGAUGUCAGGGUUGGGUGUUGGUAAAUAGCCAUAACAAUUCACGCAGUUGACUCUGAAAACUUUCCAUUCAUCGCCAGCUAUGCUCAUUCUUAGGUUCCAGGUUUGUAUCUGGUUUCAUGGAGUAAGAUACCUGCACAGGUAUUGGCCCCGAGCCAGACUGUCCUUCUCCAACGCUAAAAAAUCAGAUCUAGGCCAAAAGGGAAUGGAUAUAUGAUUAUAGCUUCUGUUUUAGCCUAACUGGAGUACUGAACUGGUGGAGCUUUGCUGUUUAAGAAAGCAGAAUGAGCACACUGAGUACCAGAAAGAUUAGACAGCUUGAUGAACGUUAUCUGGAAUUGUCCUGACAUGAUAAACUUCACCAGUCUGGUGUUCCACAUGGGUUAAAACAAACACCAAUAAUGAUCUGCUGAUAUUAUAUGAGUGAGAUGUGGAGAAAAAAAAUAAUAAUAAUAAUAAUACAGCAUGUACAACAAUGACAUUAAAUAUUCAUACUAUCUUAUGAAGUAAGCUCUUUAACCAGCUUCAUUACAGUCGGCACUUUGUAGUGCUCUAUAGUGCAAACAAGUUUUACAUUCACCAUAGGUUUGAUUUUGAAAAAAAAAAAAAAAUGAAAAAAAAAACAAAACGAAAAAAUAUAUUGUUUUGCUAUAUGAGAUGUCAAAACUUCAAUGCCCGUUAUCUCAAAGCAUAGAUGGAACCUUACAGUUAUAAACUCAUGAUUUUACCUCUAAAAUUGAUUAAUCAGUUAAGUAUUCUUUUGCAAUUUGGUCUAAAUGAUUUGUGAAUGACAGCUCAGAUGGGUUCACAUGUCACCUGAACGUUUUUCAACUAGUGCCAAAAUGUACCAACCAGUUUCUGACUCAGUUUUACUCAUGGAGAGAUAGCAGCUCAGCUUUUUUUUUUUUUUUUGUUGACAGUCAUUAUUCAUGUCCGACCUUGUUUGCACAUGAUUCAGCAUGAUGUGGCUGUCAUAACUAUGCUUCAGGGUGUUCAUUUAUGAGAAAGAUCUUGGUUCAGUCUCCUACCUACACCAGCUUACCUUUAAAAAGUAUUUGAUUGUUUGAUUGUUUUUUUUCCUUUGCAUACGGUAUUUUACACAGCUGUCAAAAAGGUGGGGACCAGUGCACGGCCCUGUGACGCGCCUGUGUUUUUUUUUUUUUUUUUUUUUUUUUAAUCUCUUUAACUGAAAGUGAUCCCACCUGUUUGCACCAGCUCAUGCGAUGACCGAGGCAACACACAGUGACAGUGCCGUUGUAUUUUGGCUGCAGCUGGAAGGACAAAUGGACCCCUCCAAAAUAAAAGACCCCACUCUAUUUUUCUCUCUCUUUUUUUUUUUUUUUUCAACCUACUGCCUAGCCUCUUUACCUUACAUGGUGGCUGUAAGAUUUCCAGCUGUUUACUCUUAACGGUACUUGUCCCUCUGCAGCACAUGACUCUGAAUGGCAGUUAACAGAGCGGGUAGUAGGUUGCCAUAGAGACCCGUCUACAGCUAACGGCACAGCAGGCUCCGGGCGCAUAAGAGCCACUAUUCAAUAAGAGCCAUAAUGUUUUUAUUCAGCCAUUUUGUCUAAGGCCGGUCACUUGUAACAGGGGUGUUUCAGCAGCAUGCAUUCCCUCCCCGAGGCAUACUGUACAGUGUAGGUUUUUAGCUUUGCCAGCUAGCAUGGUCCUGUGGCCCUGUGCUGUAAAGAACGCGGGUUUGAUGCUGUUCACAUCAGAGUACAGUAGUUUAUUUUUGGACGACUGACUAAAAUAUCUAUUUGUUGGGUAACUUUUGCAUAAAGGAUUGUGGUGUGAGAUGUUUUUCAGGUGGUGGUGCUUUGGAAAAACCAGCUUUAACCUGUAGAUGUAAUCAUAUCCUUGCUCAUUUCUGAUCGGCCAUAGGUGUACAUAACAGCGCCAGCAUAUCCAGUGCAGUGUAAACAGUGUCUAUUAUUACAGAAUAUUUUUACAUGGAUAUAACCUGUAUACUCCUAUACAUUUUUCUCUUUUCUUUUCAACUAAGUGUUCGACUUAAGGCCUUGUGAAAGGGAGACAGAGAGCCAUAGACAUAGGAUUUCAAAUCAGGAAACUAGGUAAACCCUUAACAACUAUCAAUGCUUUUGAAGAUUGAUUUCUUGUACAAAAAAAAAAGAAAAAAAGACAAUAUUUUCUGCGAUUUUGAAUACAUCAGCUUGAUCCUCUUUGAUAUGAAUAAUUUUACUCAAUCCUUUUGUACAUUGAACGAGUAAAGAAAGUAAAUAUUUUUUUCUGUUUGUUGGUUUGUGUUUGAUAAAAAGGUAGAUGUGUUGAAUACGUUAGAAAGUGUUAAACAUGUUUGUCUUGUAAAGUAAAUGUAAAUUCUAUGAAUCAAUGGGAAAGUCUAUAUGAAUGAUCACUGUGUUUUAAAAAGUUAUGAGAAAACCAGGGAGAGGGAGGGUUGGAAGGUGAGACGGACAGGAGGAUGUUUUGUAUUAUAUCAGAGUGACCAAAGCAGAGUAAAGAAAAAAAAAAAGAUAUAACAAACAAAAGAAGUAUUCAAGCAGUUACAUAUUAAGUAGCACUUAUGAUUAUCUAACUUCUAGUACUUCUUAUUUUAUUUGAAAGGUAUCUUUUGUAAAGGUCUAGGCUUUGGACCCCAUGUAUAUUGCUGUGAGGAUUUACUGGUCACUUUAAAAGAGAAAAGAAAAAAAAAAAAAGUUGAAUCUGCGCGUGAAAGUAAAUCUACCAGAGCCUGACAAAUUGCACUACCCUCAUACUGGUUGAUAAAAGUCUAUUUUGUAUAAAAUACAUGCAAAUAUUAUCUUUAAAAAUUAAGGGCAGAUCAUGUUUCACUGGUAUAUAUGGCUUUCAUUGAAGUCUGUUUUGUUCGUAUUUCAGUUAUGUAAAUGUAAUCCAAUGUAAAAACAAAACAAAAAAAUAUAUAAAAUGUCUAUUUGUUUAAAAAAGCAAACAAAAAAACAAUAGUUUGUAUUACUUCUGUAUUACACCUCUUCUGUAGUCAUUGUCAAUAUUUUCACCUAUUUGAUUAAAUGUUGAAUUUAA